CACCAAGGGAGGAAGUUUAUGGCCCGCAUUCAGAACGCACUUUUAUUGAUAAGCGCGCUUUUAUCUUUGAAAUUCUAUAGCGUACGUGACUAUAAAUUAUGUAUUCUAUAGUAUACAUGACUAUAAAUUAUAGCAUGUUAGCGCGUUCUGAAUACGGGCCUAUGAUUUUACGUCGCUUACGAUUGCCAUGUGUAAUCACGAUCUAGGUUAGGUUCCUCGUGGUAGCCGAGCAUCGUGUUACUGAUGUGUGGCAAGGAGUAGAAAUUUGUGUAAAAACGCAACUCUGAAAUAGUGACCGGCCAAUCGGUUGGGCACGAGAGGAUAAAUAACACCCGGCGUGACAGCUCGUCUGCACGUCAAGGUGCCGAAGCCUACGGUGAGGUUAAGCCAUGGCGAAGUACCUGAUACAAAUCAUCAUAAUGGGUACACAGGUCGUUGGCAAAGCAUUCGCUCGCGCUUUACGUCAGGAAAUCGCGGCGAGCCAGGAAGCCGCGCGGCGGGCGGGCGGUGGCAGUCAAGGAGCGCAACACAUCGCUGCCAAUACCAGAACCGGUCUCACCCUAGAAGAGGCCCUACGCAUCCUCAACGUGGGACAUCCUGACCAAACGGAGCUGGUCGAUCGAAACUACAAGUAUCUCAUGGAAGCUAAUGACAAAUCAAAGGGUGGCUCGUUCUAUCUGCAAUCCAAGAUUGUCCGUGCCAAGGAACGUAUUGAUGAAGAAUUAAAAAAUCAAAAGGCAACUCCACCACCACCACCACCACCAAUGUCACAGAAAGUUUCGGCGAGCAGUUGGGAAACUUCCAAGCAGCCAUGAGAUUUUUGUCCGUAGUCUAAAUUUACUUACUCUAAGUCUAGACAAGUGUACAUAUGUCAUAAUAAACAAUAGAUUCUGAUAUUGAUUAACGUGAUUUCAAAGUAUAGCAUGUUUUUCUUUAUCCAACAGAAAUUUGUAAAUAUGUAAUAUGAUCUUGAAAACAUUAAUUUUAAAAUGUAUAUUUUGA